GCUGUCGCGUCGUCCUAUGACUUCUUCACUCACACAUUUACCAGAAGGAUGGAAGCAGCAGACGACAUGGAUGAAGAUGAACUCCUCGACUUCAACGUUCAGAUGAGCAUACACGAGUCGUGUUGUAGCAACAAUCUAACAGGAUCAGGAAGGGGUGAAUAUUUGAAGCUUGUCGGGGCCAUUAAACGAGGUGACUUAUUGGCACUGCAGGAGCUGUGUGAUUUCCCAGCAGCCUCCACUCAGGUGGAUGACCGUGGCUGGUAUCCUCUGCACUGGGCUGCGGUCCAACCUCUGGUCCAAGUCCUGGAGAUGGUGCUGUACGCAUCUUUCAGUCUGACUCUGGAGGAAAAGACCUCAGAAGGAGAGACCUUCCUGACUCUAGCUGUGAGAGACGGUUUGGUUGGAAACGUAAAGACGUUACUGAAACAUGGAGCUUCUCCUCACACCACCAACAACAUCAACGAAUCCCCUCUCAUUUUAGCAGUCAGAUCUGGAUCUUAUCAGAUGGCUUCCACUCUGAUAGUUGGAGGAGCUCAGGUGGAGCAGGUGUGUCUGAAGAAGUGGACGGCCAUGCACGAGGCCUCCAGGGCCGGCUACGCUGAUGUGGUGGAGCUUCUUUUGCAGAAUGGAGGUCAGGUUUCAGAGACAGACCAGCAUGGAGUGACUCCUCUAGGCAUUGCUGCAGAGUAUAGCCACCCUGAAGUCCUGGAGCUCCUCAUUAAACAUGGUGCUGCUGUUAACGCCCAGGCACCAAAUGGCGACAGCGUCCUGUAUGACGCUGCAGGUUCAGGAAAUCCAGACUGCAUCGACAUCCUGCUGCAGCAUGGAGCAAAUCCCAACAUCUGCAACCUGAGCUCCCAGCUACCCAUCCACCGCGCAGCAUAUGAGGGACACUACCUAGCGUUAAGGAUUCUGAUCCCGAUCACCACCAGAAGAGCCCUGAGACUGUCCGGCCACAGCCCGGUCCACUCUGCUGCAGAUGGAGGCCACGCCCACUGCCUGGAGCUCCUGCUGGAGAACGGCUUUGACGUCAACGCCUUACUAGCUUCUCACCUCUCUGAAAAUUACGGAGACAUGAGAAAAAGCCCGCUCUACUUUGCCGUCUCUAACGGGGACGCAACCUGCACUGAGAUUCUGCUGAGAUCAGGGGCCAAACCUGACCUGGACCCCCUCUGCUGCCUCCUGGUGGCGGUCAGGUCGGGGCGAUACGAGAUCGUGAAGCUGCUGCUGGCGGCUAAAGCGGACGUGAAUUGUUAUUUCACAAUGGUGAAUGACACAGUGUUUCCCACAGCGCUGCAGUACUGCCUGAAGGACGAGGUGAUGAUGAGGCUGCUGCUCAACAACGGGUACGACGCUAAGAAGUGUUUCUGUUGUAACCAUGACGACGACGACUGGGAGGACCUCAGCGAGUUUGGCUACGAGCAACACCAGGAGGAAAAAAUCCCUUUUUGUGACUUCAUCAGCGUCUCCUGGAUGGUAAACCUGGCUGGCCGAGUCGUCUCGAUCCUCCUAGAGUACGUGGGCCAAGUUUCUUUCUGCAGCAAACUGACAAAGAUCCUGGAGCGUCACAAAGAGUGGCCUCACAUCCACGGGACCAUACGUAACCCUCGCUCUCUGUCUCACCUGAGUCGAGUGGUGAUCAGGAAACACCUGAGCUGCAGCCGUCUGAUGUCGGCUCAUCUUCCCAACAGGCUGAAGGACUACCUGCUGUUCAAAGACAACGACCUGUACGCCAAAAUCAUCUGCAGGGAGGACUGAGCUUAGCCACGUUUUUAUGUUAUCUUCUGGGUCUUAAGUAUCAGCAAUGAAAACAUGUUUUUGUUUUGUCCUCUUGUGAUUUCAGGGCCUGUUUAUCAAAUAUUAUUGACUUAGAUUUUAGUUAUUAAAACUUGAGCGCAAUAAUAAACAUUUAAAUCAAGAAAAUUACCGUGAAGAUAAAUAGAGAGACAAACUCAGUUUCAGGACUCCAAACUACACAAAAACUAUUAGCAGGUUUUCAGUAACUUUUCCUUCUGUACAGGUAAAAACAGAGUAGAAUAAUAUCAAUAUUUUAUUAUAACAAAAGUUCUGCAUGUAGAAUGAUGCUAAAAUGUCGCUAACUACACAGAUAAAUUAAGACAUUCUUCGAUGCACAAAUAUUUGUUUUGUUGUCUUGUUCUCAUGACUAUCCUGCCAAGGAGACCACUUUGAAAUCCCUAAACUGGGACCUUUACAGUAGGAUUGCAUUCACAUACUGGCCUUAACGUCAAUGUUUUCAGUUGAUUAAGGGGCAUUAAAUACAAUAAUCACUGUCCUUCUUCAUUCCGGAUACAAACAUAACCACAGCCAUAGUUAAACUAGAAAUUAAAGCGUUUUUAAUAAUAGCCAACCUCAAAUAAAGACCUGGUUCUCCUACAGUCAAGGUCCUGGCUGAAUCUUCAGAUUAGGAAAA